CAGUACCAAAAUCGAGCUGACAAAUUGCAGACACGGUCGAGUGCGCAUCGGAACGGCACUUUCGGGAUCGGGUACGGUUGCAUCUACGGGUUACGGACUGGAACUCGGUCCAAAUUGGAUUGUAUAUAUAUAUUCCACAACCAUCAGCGAGCGACUAGAGAUAUUUAUUCACAUUCAAGUGUCGCAAGUUCAAGUGCGAUUUGGCAAAUUGUACUAUUUAUUUGAGUUUAAAGUGCUUCUCAAGUGGCCGUGAUUGGAUCCCAAGGAUGUUGCAGCACCACCAGCAGCAGGCUCAGGUGCCACAAUCGAGUGGCUACUACGACUACAAUCAGUCGCCCAGUCCGGGGAGCUUGACAAAUGCGGAUGGACUGAACAGCACACCGUUCUCAGUCAAGGAUAUACUGAAUAUGGUUAAUCAAACGGAGGCCUACGAGGGAGCUUACGGACAUCUCGAUAGUGCGGCGGCUGCUUCGGCGCUCUAUGGCGCCGGCGAGUACCAACAGCAUCUUCACCAGCAUCCACAUCCACAUCAGUACCACAGCCACCAUCAGCAGCAGCAGCAGCAGCAGGAAACUGAUGCAUCGCAGCAGCUACUGCAUCCUCAGCACUUGGACGAUGGCACCACCAACUCCUCGUCCCUGUCGCCGCUCCUGCCGCCCCCGCAUCAUCAGUUGUAUGGCAGUUACCAGGACUACGGAAUGCCUGCUCACAUGUUCCAGCAUCACCAUGGCCAUCCCCACCAGAGCUUCCAGCACUCGGCGGCUUCGGCCUACAACAUGUCCGCCUCGCAGUUUUAUGCCGGAGCCUCGGCAACGGCCUACCAAAGUCCCGCCACCUACAAUUACAACUACGCCGGAACGAGUGAUGUUUACGGCGGAGCCACGCCUGCCGCGGUGAGCAUCAAGAGCGAGUACAUCCCCACGCCUUAUGUGACGCCGUCACCCACUCUGGACCUCAAUAGCUCGGCGGAGGUGGAGAGCCUGCAGGCGCCGGCGCAGAAGCUCGGCGGGAAUGCCAGCGGCGUCCAGCGACUAAUGGAGACAUUCAGCAACUCGGCCUCGCUAAGGAGCAUCCACACUGCGGAUGAGGGUGCCAAGAGAAAGGACAACAGUCAGGUGACCUCCUCGCGAUCCGAGCUGCGCAAGAACAGCAUAAAUGGCAGCAGUAGCCAUGGCUCCUCCGGCAACCAUGGAUCCUCGAAGCCACGAAUGAAACGCAAGCCCCGUGUCCUCUUUUCGCAGGCUCAGGUCCUGGAGCUAGAGUGUCGCUUUAGGCUAAAAAAGUAUCUGACGGGUGCGGAGCGUGAAAUUAUUGCCCAAAAGCUGAAUCUGUCGGCUACGCAGGUGAAAAUCUGGUUCCAGAAUCGCCGCUACAAGUCUAAGAGGGGUGACAUCGAUUGCGAGGGCAUUACCAAACAUCUUAAGGUGAAGUCAGAGCCAUUGCCUUCGCCUCCAUUGCUGCCACCGCCCAUACCCAAUCAUGUGUUGUGGCCACCGACCAUGCAGCAACUCCAGCAGCAGCAGCAGCAGCAACAGCAGCAGCAGCAACAACAGCAGCAACAACAGCAGCAUCAACUGCAGCACAUGCAAUAGCUCCAGAUGAGAUGAUAAUUAGAGUCUUUAAUUUAUUGCGAUUUCAAGCAGAAUCUAUGUUGUAAUCUAAGAAAAUGCCUCAUAGCUAAUAGUACCUUGUUUUAUGUAAAUGUUGGACAAUAAAUAAAGUUUAAGACAAAGCCAGAUUUUGUACAGACU